GACGCAGGGGAAGGCAUUAGGCAACAAAAAAAACACAAAAAACCACAGUGAGUGGAGGGCAAAGACGCAGGGGGGCCAAGGCGGUGAAGCAGGAAGGACUUUACAUCUCACUGAUGCACGACCUUGUCGAAUAUAACACACGUCUACCGUGGGGGGGUUCUCCGUGUCACAUUGGACGCCAUUAACGUUUUCCACUUCGGACACACUCCCAGAACGCCAUCAUGAACUACCUUCGUCGACGACUGUCAGACAGUAAUUUCAUGUCCAACCUGCCUAAUGGUUACAUGGGCGACCUGCAACGCGCCGAGUCGACGCCUCAGCAGCAGCAGCAGCAACAGCAGCAGCAGCAGCAGCAGCCAAGUCCCGCAGUGUCUCCAGGCCCGUCGGAGCGCCGCCAGUCCGCCAGCCAGCAGCAGCCGUCUGCGGGGGCAGGCACCGGCUUCUUCUCGUCCAUAUCCAACGCUGUCAAGCAAACCACGGCCGCUGCCGCCGCCACCUUAUCCGAGGCCGCCGACCGGGCGGGGGUCUCCAGCAGCUCUAAGGUUCUCCUGGUGGUCGACGACCUGCAGACUGACUGGGUGAGAGUUUUCCGUGGAAGAAAGGUCCAGGGUGAAUAUGACAUCAAAGUCGAACAGGCGGAAUUUUCUGAAAUCAACAUGGUGGCUGACUCGUCAGGCACAUACACAGUCAACAUGGACACCAUUAGGAAUGGCCAUAAGGUUACUAAAUCCUUUAAGCCGGACUUUGUGCUGAUCAGACAGCACGCCUACAGCAUGGACAAGAAUGGAGAUCACAGGAACUUAGUCAUUGGCCUGCAGUAUGCAGGACUGCCGAGUGUUAACUCUUUACACUCCGUCUACAAUUUUUGUGACAAACCGUGGGUGUUUGCUCAGAUGUCGAGACUACACAAGCAGCUGGGACCAGAGGAGUUCCCGUUGAUUGAGCAGGUUUAUUAUCCAAACCACAAGGAAAUGAUUACUUCCUCUCAGUUUCCUGUAGUGGUAAAAAUGGGCCAUGCUCACUCCGGAAUGGGAAAGGUCAAAGUGGACAAUCAAUACGACUUUCAAGAUAUUGCUAGUGUUGUGGCGCUGACCAAGACAUACGCCACCUCUGAGCCCUUUAUUGAUGCCAAGUAUGACGUCCGCAUCCAGAAGAUUGGAGAUAAUUAUAAGGCUUAUAUGAGAACAUCCAUUUCUGGCAACUGGAAAACCAACACUGGCUCGUCCAUGCUUGAGCAAGUGGCCAUGUCUGACAAGUACAGAAUGUGGGUGGACACUUGUGCCAACAUCUUUGGAGGUUUAGAUAUCUGUGCUGUCGAAGCUCUUCAUGGUAAAGAUGGCAAGGAUUACAUCAUAGAGGUGGACGACUGUUCAAUGCCACUCAUCGGUGACCAGCAGGAUGAGGAUCGUGUCCAGAUUGCUGAACUGGUAGUUUUGAAGAUGAACCAGACUGUUACACAUGCCUCCAGCUCCUCCACGAGCCGUACCACAGCGACACAGAAACCAGUAUCUCCUCAACCUGUCUCCCAACCGAGAGUUCCACAGUCUCAGCAGCGGCCCCCGCCUCAAGGUGCUCCUCAGCAAGGUUCCCCUUCUCAGCAGCGUCCCCCGCCUCAGGGCCAACCCCCCGCACAGGCUCAGCAACCUGCAGCCGAUCCAAACUCCCAGGUUAAGGGCAGCCAAGUGGCUCCGCAGCGAAACCAGGGAGGCUCCCCUCAAGCUCAGAGGCAGCAGUCUGUCACCCAGCAGCAACAAAGACCUCCUCCAGGGGGGGGCGGUCAGAAACCUCAGCAACAGAGACCCGCUCAGCCACCCAGACAGCAGUCACAAGGCGGGCAGCAGAGGCCUCCUGGCCAGCAGGCUCGCUCUGGGGGGGCUACCACCCAGCAGCCACGACCUGCAAGCCAGGGAGUUCCAGGAGGACGCCCCCCACUGCAACAAAAGCCACAGCCCCCACAAAAACCCAGCCAGGACAACUCGGCCGUGGGCGGUUCCCCACAACUGAACAAGUCCCAGUCUCUUACCAAUACCUUCAACAUUCCAGAAACCCCAACGCCGCCGGUCAGCCUUAGCCAGGACGAGGUGAAGGCCGACACCGUACGCAAUCUACGCAAAUCUUUCGCCAGUCUCUUCUCGGACUGAGACGCCGUCAUCAUCUUUGCUCACUCCCGUUUGUAGAAAGCCGGGACGGGUCCCACAGGCGACCUUGACCUCCACUCCCCCCUUUAACAGGAGCCGACACAAUGUUAUGAUAUCCACACAGCCACAUAUUCCAAACUGUUUGAAAACUGAUACAUUCCUUGCCUGGCCACAAUCUUCUACCAUCACACAGACCUGUAUAUGCAUGAGCACACACAAACAAGAAAGACUUAGGUGCGAUUAUCUGGUGUGGCGUACCAAGCAAAAAGGUGAAAGGCUCACACAAUUGCACACAUACAGUAAGUACAGUACAGUACAGUAGGAUGUCCAGUGUUUGAGCUGUUGGGCGCUCAUGGUGAUGUCGUAGCUGCAUGUCAACAAAGGGGGCAAUGGUUGCAUUCUCCAACCCCCCGCACAUUGGUGCUUGUAACCGUGUUGUCGCCUGUAGUUCAAUUAGCGUAGGUAACAGCUUUGUAGGUGUUGUAUGUUGCCGUCACCUCUUUUCCCCCCAGUUUGGGCCUGAUCUACUAACAAAUACCAUGCGCAAAAAAACAGUGUGUGCAAACCAUAACAUAGCGUGUACUAUUAGAGGGUGUGUUGCGUGUGAUCUACUAAGACUGUGUGUACAAUUGAUAGCCGGUGCAGACCGCCUUAUUUAAAUAAGGAUUUUGAGUGUACUACCGUAUUUUUCGGAUUAUAAAUCACUCCGGGGUAUAAGUCGCACCGGCCGAAAAUGCAUAAUAAAGAAGGAAAAAAAACAUAUAUAGUGAGUAGGGAUGAUGUUUCAUAAGAAAUUAUCGAGUUCGAGCCCAUUAUCGAAUCCUCUUAUCGAACUGAUUCCUUAUCGAUUCUCUUAUCCAGGGGUGUCCAAAGGGUGAAAUUAAAAAUUUUUUAUU